AUGGCUAGUAAUAGAGAGAUAGCAAGCAAUGGAAGAAUUGAUUGCUGUCAAACCUACUCGAGUACUAAGAGGGUUCUUGAGGAAACACUCUCACGCUGA